AUGAAUGGAAGUUGUCGAUUAGAAGGUGAUUUUAUUCGAGAUUGGAUUGUUGAUCAUUAUAUGAAUCGAUCAACAACUGCUGGCACAAAUACUAACACUUGGAUUGAAUACAAAGAAACGAUUUCAACAAUAAACAAAGAAGUUGUUCCAUAUAAUUUCGAUUGUCAUUUGCUAGCCAUGUUUAUUAUUUCGAUAAACAGAAAUUCCAAGAUAAAUCUUGAUGAAAACGAACUCAUCAAUGCAUUUACAAUUGAUCUAAUUGAAUCUCAUAUUGUAUUAGCGUAUGAUCGAAUUGAUUCUGAUGUUAAUAAUUUAACUGUAGAGAAAGAUUAUACACAUAAACUUGGAAUGCGUAUCAAUAUCACAAAGAAACCUUAUUUAAUUGAAUUAGAAUCAAUUAUUGAGAAUAUUCAAAAAAACAUUGUCAAGUUCUUCGUCAGAAUGAUGUUCAUAUGAAACAUUGUAUUGAUAAAAUGACAAAAGUUCGAAAAUGGUGACAACACAGCGAAGAAUUAUCAGUUAUUCCCAAACCACAGUAGAAAUUCCAUGUUGUACUUUGUUUCUCUCUCGUAUACAACUGUCUUAUAUAAUGAAAUCAAACAUAAAAUGAAUAGGAUUCAGAAUUUAAAAAUUCGAUCAAUUUAAGAAAUUUAUGAAGGAAUGAAAAAAAAAUGAUUAAGAUCGAAAUUUCGAAUUUGAACGAACAAAAACUAUUUCAUGAAACUAAAGUUGAAGGAAUUGAUGAUCGAUAUUAUGCUGUUGGCAUGUAUGGGAUAAGAAUUUUUCUCAUAUAAUAAUUCGAAAUUUUUUUUCAAAGAUUUGGUGACAGCAUAAAAAAACUUUCAUUCAGUCAUUAGAAAACAUUCACUAUGAACGGAAUAUAUCGUUUAUCGUUCAUAAAUGUAAGACUCACAAUUUGAAUUGAAAUAUUCUAUAUGAUUCGUUAUUUAUACAUAUGUGGCCAG